AUGGCACAAAACUUUGACAUGAUCAGUUUGUUACCAGACACAUUGCUUUUCAUCAUCAUCUCACUCAUUCCAUUCAAGGAAGCUGUAAGGACAUCCAUCCUUUCGAAACGUUGGUUGCACUUGUGGAAAAACACAACCAAUAUUGAGUUCAAUGAACACUUUUUUGUUGGAUCUGAAUUCCAAAGAUGGGAUUUUCUUCACUUCAUUACAUUAUGUAUUGAAAAUUACCAAGAAAAUUCCAUUGUUGAAAAAUUAUCUUUGACAUUAGCAGAUCCUGGUCAUGUAACUAGUUCUGAGAUUGUCGAAAGAUGUGUUGAUUUCGCUAUUCAACAAGGGGUUAUAGAUUUGGAUCUAGAUUUUUCUAGUCCGUAUUGGACGGAAGAGGAUAUUGAAGAACCUGAAGCCUUGUUUGAAUUGAGAACAAAGGUAUAUGAAAAUAAAACCCUAAAAUCUCUCAAGUUGUUUUCUUGCAAUUUUCCGGAAAAUGAGUUGAUGAAGUUCCAUGCACUCAAAGAAGUUUCUUUAGGUUGGAUGGAAUUGAAAAACAACGCAAUCGAAACUCUUUUAUCCAAUUGCAAGAUGAUUGAGAUUUUAAACAUAAAAAAAUGUUGGACAUGGAAUAGAAUUGAUUGUGUUGGAGUUGAUGAAUUACGUUUGAAAAAGCUCAUUGUUGAUAGUUGCUUUUUUAUGGAGGGUGGUUUUUUAAUCGAUGCGCCGAAUUUAACUUAUUUCAAGUUUCAUGGGAAUAUUAUGUAUUUUGAUAUAGAUUAUUCCUCACACUUGGAAGAGGUUGAUCUAUACUUUGGCCUUGAAUACGAAAACCCUAAAGAAGAUGUCUUUAUUUACAGCACCAUUAGAAAUUUCAAAUAUGUUAAGGUUCUCACCAUCUGCGGUUUCAUUCUCAAGGUUCCUGGUGAAUACUACUACAAAGAAGAUGAUGAUGAUCAUAAGAGAACUUGGUUAGACAAUGGAAAUAGUUGUGAAUGCUUGACAUCAACCUUGAAGGUGGUAGAGAUGAAUAACUUUACUGGAUUUGUGAAUGAGAUUUUAAUGCUUCACUUUCUUAUUUGCAAUGGGACUGUUUUAAGAAGGGUUAAUAUCAAUGUACAAAAUGAAGAGACUGAGGUGGUGGAAAAAUGUCGUAAAGUAGAAGAACUUAUGAUGACAAAACCAAGGGCUUCAAAUGAUUUAGAAAUUUUGUUCAGUUAUUGA